UAGCAAUACUCUAAGCUGCUGUGUCGUUUCGCGUUAGAUGAAUCCAAUAUUGCAAUCUUCACUUGCAUAAUAACAGAAAACAGGACCUCAAAGCUUGGUCUUUGACUGCUUUGUGCUUUUGCUUCUUUAAAAACAGUCGUCAAGACUUCACAUAAGCCUCUAUCCUCACAGGAAUGUCGUUUGGAGGGCGGAGACUCGCAACAACAUUACAUUCUGCAUCCAGAAACCGUGAAAUAUGGACACUGCCAUGAGAACAGCCGUGAUCGUUCGAGAUCAUUUAGCACUCUUCCCAACAGGAUCCGAGCACCGCGCGACGGCAGGAACCGGGCUGGACAUGACGGAGAGCUGGAUGUAGUGUUUGUGCUCGGUUCUGUGGGUCACACACGGCUGGAGUUUACGGUGAUCGUUUUGUUUCGAGGGUUGUUCUUUGAGACAUUGUUUUCUGCCUGGCUGUUUUCAGAGGACCGCGAACCAGCUCUCAUAUCUGGAGAUAAAAGAGUUCAGCAUGAGGAAUAACGAGGAGACUGAGGGCUUUGAUGGCGAGGCCUCCAACACCUCGAUGAUUUCAGGAGCCAACAGUCCGUAUCAACCGACCACCGAGCCCGUGCACUCCAGAAACGUGUUCAGGGACAUCAGGUGUGACCUGGACUACAUCAAGUCACAUUUCGGGAUUUUAAAAGUUAUCGAAGUGGUCCUGGCUCUCAUUUCUUUCAUCUUCAUCGAGACCAUAAUGAUGUGCUCGCCCUGUGCCGGCGUCUACCUCUUUGAGUUCGUCAGCUGCAGUGCCUUCGUUGUCACAGGCGUCCUGCUCCUCAUCUUCGUCCUGAACCUGCACACCAAAGUGCCCCAUAUCAACUGGAGUCUAACAGAUCUGAUCAACACCGCCACCAGCACCUUGUUCUUCUUUCUGGCUUCAGUGGUUUUGGCAGCUCUCAACCAUCAAACUGGAGCAGAGAUCGCCGCUGUGAUCUUCGGGUUCCUGGUGAUGGGUGUGUACGGUCUGAACACGUUUUUGGCAGUGCGGAGAUGGCGCCUCGGGGACUCGCGAGAUGGACCCCUGCAGACCAGCGAGUACAUCCGUGCCCGCACAGCCUCGCGGGGGGAGGUGGAGUCACGGCCUGAGCUACAGUAAAGCACACACACAGACCGUCUGCAUUCCGGUCACACUGUGCUCUUUCAUAUCCACCUGAUGAGACCCUGAAGAGCGCUUACAAACAAACAAUUGCGUGAACAGUCACAAAUGGAACAAGCCUCAGGCCAGCGUCUUUUGACUUUAUACUUAAAUACUGUAUAUUUCUGUUAAUUAAGGGCUUUACCUUAUAAUAAUCUGGAUAAUUAUUGACUGAAACUCACUCCACUGUGCUCCUAAACUUCCAGAAGGGAAAGGAUUUAUUAAUGCCUGCAAUAUAACGGACAAAACCUGUCAGUCACCGUUUGAAACCCCCUUCUGAUUAGCUCUGCAUUCUAUUUAGAAUGCAACUACGCCUAAAAUGUCUUACAAAGGAUCAAAAAUAACUAUACAGAAUGGAAUAAUCGAAAUGAAUGGAUGCUAAAUAGACUCAUGUAAGUGAUUUUUCUGACUGAAAUGUAAUGUUUUUUUGUUUUGUUUUUCUGCCAUUGUGUUCCUGUAUCAAACACAUCUAGUAAACUGCCGUUGCAUUGGGCCGUUUUCCUGUAGAGAUGAAGUGGCUAGAUGUUAGGAGCAGCAGUAUUUAUUUAAAUGUUAAUAUUUUUUUGGUAGCUACACACCUCGUGAAUGUGACCCUGCAUUGCAACAGACAGUAACAGCUUUCAGAUUGUCUGUGUGGGUGAAGGGAGGUGUGAGUUUAUGAAACUUGUACGUCUAAUCUUUAGAUGAUAUACAUUUUGUGUGCAUACUCUGUUGGUCAUUUCUGUUGAUAUUAAUUUUUAGUUACUUAGUCGUGUGUGUGCAUUUCUGUUGUUUGUAAUAUUUCCUCUACUCCACCGUGUACUCCCAAGUUAUCUGUAUAUGUUGAUUUAAGCAAGGGUAGAGUUUUUUGAAGAAGGUGUAUAUAUUACGUAUCUGCGUGUGACAUUUUCCAUUUCUGAAGGUUUCCUAUUUGUAUGAAUUCUGACACUAACAGACUGUAUUUGAAGGAACAAGUGUACUGCAGUACAUAUGAAUGCAUUCGCUAAACUGUGUAUCUUUUUUCUGUGUGCCUUAAUCGUAGAGGCUUUAUUAGUCAAAACUCUUGGACACUAAUGUUACGACGACAUGAGCAGAAUAACUGCUUCACUGGGUGUGAAAUUCAAACAUUUAUUUGCACUCUCUGAUGAACUGAUUCCGCGGUAAAAUCAUCUGUUUCCUGAAGUGCUUCGAUUACCUUCAAAUGGGGCUUUUAAAAAAAAAUGAGUAUCAUAGAACGACAUCGGGGGGAAAUUAAAUUUUUAAUUUAAAUUGUCUUUUACCACAGAUUUUAAGGCAUAGUGCAAUUGUACAUGAUUUUUUCUUUUCACUAGAAAAUGCUCAUUUGUAAUAUUAGUUUAUAUAUUCAUACUUAUGUCUUAUUUGUAGUUCUUAAAUGAAGUCAGUUUUAGGUUUUGGAAUAAGACCAAUGUUGAAAUGAAGUGGUUUUGAGGUGUGGACUCACAUUAUAGACAUUGAUCAACACUGUGUGGGCUUGAAAGUGUUAAAAGACAAUCACAAGAAUGAUUUUUUUUGUCUUAAUGGAGGACUCCGCAUUGAAGUGCUGAAGUCGCUGAUUAUUUUUUUCCUAUUUUGAAAGCAAUACUGUGUUGCUUAUGCUUUAAUAAUGUGUAAGAGCUUUGACCUUGUGCUGAACUUCUUGUAUAUUGGAAGUUUUUGGCAUCAAAUUAAUUCCUGAUUUUGACCUUAAGGUUUGAACUGUGUUUUCAACUCACAAAUCAUUGAAGCGUUUUAAAAAGAAACUAAGUCGACAUUUUGAGGGAGUCAAAUUUUUAUAAUGAUUGUACUUGAUUGUUCUCGCUGACAUUCCCUGAUUUCAAGAAAGCAAUGUUUUAUUCCAUGUAACAGUGCUAUAAUUUGGUAUUUUUUGUAUUUAUAGAGUUGUGCAUAGACUUACAAAAUGCUAAUUGUUGAAAAAUAUUUGUGAUGGCAAUCUUUUCCUCAAAUAAAUGGAUUUGAAUGGACUUGA